ACCACCACACGUCCACGCAGCCCAACUCUUCGCAUAAUCACAUCGCGCCGGCGGGCCAUUGGCAUUCCCACCACUCCACCAUCGGGGGUCGACUGGGGCCCCAUCGCCGAUGGGCUUCUUCCGCCGGAUCGCCGGCUUCUUCGGCGUGUCGCGGGACGACGCCGACCACUCGGACUCCCCGUCCUCCGCGGGCGUCGCCGCGGAACUCCCGCGUGACAGGGCGGCCGCGGCGCACGGGGCGAGGCGCGGGUUCAGCGUCCAGGUUCCCGUCCCCGUCCCCGUCGAGCGGCAUGGGCCCGGGCCCGGGCCCGUGCUGCUGCCCUGCCCGCAGGGGGACGGCGGCGUUCAGGGUUUUAGGUGGUAUACAAGGCAGCUUAGUAUGGAUGAAGACGGCGACGUGGCUGAUGAGUUCUUGGAUGAAAUUAUCCCAGAAAGCUCAGUCAACAACGCCAAAAGCCCAGUCGGAAGGUUCCAAGUGAAAUAUAACACGAAACGAACUGCUCUAGCAUUGAGGAAGCAUGUCAUUGCUGUCGAUGGCGAGAUCCGCCAUAGCUUGGAACACCAAGGGCAACUGCGGUGGGUGUGACCGAGUCUGUUGAGCCCAUAUGAAAGUGCAGGUUGGGCAGAGGCAGGCGCGCACAUGGGCGAAGCGAAUGACCUAGGUUACCCAUCUUUGAAGUGGACCUAGAGGUAGUUCAUUGCUGAUUUAUCCAUCGUUCUCCGCUCAGUGUGUUGGUACGCCUGAUCUCGAGGUUAUUCAGACACCUUGUACCACUAGUAGUUUGUCACGAUAUACCUGAGGAUAGCUUCCAGCCUCCAGGCCACGAAGGGAAAGCAUGCCCAAUAGGAGAAUUUCUGGGCCAGAAUGGGUCCUGUAAGCGGUGCAGUGGAGAGUUUUUCUUUUUCUGUUGGCAGUAGUGAACGGGUUUAUUAUAUAUAUGGGAGAUGGUUCGUGUGGAUGAGACUAGGCUGGGAACUGAAGAUUGAACCGGCUGCCUCCGGGAGGGCGCUCCUCCAGAUAAAUCUCCAGUGAUUCGUGAGAGGAAACGAACACCGGGAGCGGUGUUCAGAUUCCUACCGAGUUCUUACAUAGUUGUACAUUAUUGAACAGCUACCGCUGGACAAAUUGAAUGUGCUUGGCUGGCAAUGGAGCCACCGAAUCCGUGCA